AUGACUGUCACUUACUCCAGUAAAGUAGCAAAUGCGACUUUUUUUGGAUUUCAUAGGUUACUCCUCAAGUGGAGAGGGAGCAUCUACAAACUACUGUACAGGGAAUUUAUUGUUUUUGCUCUUCUUUACACAGCAAUAAGUUUGGUGUACAGAUUGUUACUUACAGGAGCCCAAAAACGUUACUUUGAAAAAUUAUCAAUUUACUGUGACAGAUAUGCUGAACAAAUCCCAGUAACCUUUGUGCUUGGGUUUUAUGUCACUCUGGUAGUGAACCGGUGGUGGAACCAGUUCGUGAACCUGCCCUGGCCAGACAGGCUGAUGUUCCUCAUCUCCAGCAGUGUUCACGGCAGCGACGAGCACGGGCGCCUGCUCCGAAGGACGCUGAUGCGCUAUGUCAAUCUCACGUCCCUGCUCAUCUUCCGCUCGGUGAGCACCGCUGUGUACAAAAGAUUCCCAACCAUCGACCACGUGGUUGAAGCAGGUUUUAUGACUGCUGAUGAAAGGAAAUUGUUUGACCAUCUCAAAUCCCCUCAUUUGAAAUACUGGGUUCCAUUUAUCUGGUUCGGAAAUCUCGCAGCAAAAGCCCGGAAGGAAGGUAGAAUCCGAGACAGUGUUGACCUGCAGUCCUUAAUGACGGAAAUGAACCGCUUUCGCUCUUGGUGCAGCCUCUUAUUCGGUUAUGACUGGGUUGGAAUCCCACUGGUUUACACUCAGGUUGUCACUCUGGCUGUCUAUACCUUCUUUGUUGCCUGCCUGAUUGGGCGGCAGUUUUUGGAUCCCACCAAGGGCUAUGCUGGGCAUGACUUAGAUCUCUACAUUCCAGUUUUUACUCUCCUCCAGUUCGUCUUCUAUGCUGGAUGGCUCAAGGUAGCAGAACAGCUGAUCAACCCUUUUGGAGAAGACGAUGAUGACUUUGAAACUAACUGGUGCAUCGACAGAAAUCUACAGGUCUCUCUUUUAGCUGUGGAUGAAAUGCACAUGAGCUUACCCAAGAUGAAGAAGGACAUUUACUGGGACGAUUCUGCUGCGCGGCCACCAUACACACUGGCAGCUGCUGACUACUGCAUACCCUCCUUUCUGGGGUCAACCAUCCAGAUGGGGCUGUCCGCGAACUACGCGCCCGCCGAGGACUGGCUGUGGGGGAUCGAGAAGCACGGCCCUCACCGCUCGGUGAUCCGGAAGGUCAAGCGGUUCCUGAGCACCAGUGAAAACCCCUCCAGCCCCAAGCGGAGGCCCUACGGGCGGCAGACCAGCGACAGCUCCGUCUUCUUCCCCUCCGCGGACCUCAGCCCAACCCGGGACCUGCUGGACGUGCCCUCGAGGAGCCCCUACCGGCCCCAGGCCUCCAGGAAGCAGAGCCGCGCCCGGGAGGGGAGCCCCAAGCUGCACUCCAGCCUGGGGGAGCUCUCCCUGAUCCGGGAGACCAGCCGGGCCAGCACGCUCCAGAGCCUGAGCCCGCAGCCCAGCCUGCGGGCCUCCCCCACGAAGAUGCCCCGGGUGCCCGAGGUGCUCAUCACCGCCGCGGAGGAGCACCUGUGUGACUCCAGCGCCUCCCUGCAAAGUCUGGUGUUUACGGGGGUCCAGCCCAGCAGGACCGGGCCGCAGCAGGACCUGAUGGAACUCAGCCCGCGGCCUGCAGAGGAGCCGCCUCCUCAGGGCCUCGGUUCGCACCCUGCCGCCGGCCAAGCGGAGAGAAACAUCCUCGGCUUUGGCACAGAUGAGUACCUGGAUGAGAAUGACAUGUUCCCCAAGAGGUGGAGCCUUCCCGGCUUCCUGGAGUCUAGCCAGACGUCCCUGGCAGGGCUGGGUCCAGACCCGGUGAGCUCCGAGCCCACGCUUUUACUCGAGCCGGACACUUCCUCAGAGAUCGCUGGGACCAACUUUGUGAAUGACUCUCCUGUCCUCCACGAUGUUCUGUACCUAGAGGAAGACCUAGACACCAAGGAAACAGACAUCAUAGAGUCCUACAACGAGCACUCGGAGGGGUCUCCUAAGGGACAACCCAGAAGUGCUAGGACCUUGUCCUAG